GGAAAAUCUCAACCAUCUACAUUUCCAGAGGAGGCAGAUGUUCCCACUGCAUUGCCUUUGGUAUCAGACAUCGAUGGAUAUCAGGGAAUUGCAGAUGAAUUCAUUGAAGGCAGUUCUAAAAAUUUUGAGGAAUCACCUUCAGAAAGGCCAACUAUCAGCACAAAAAAUGUACAGUCCAAUGCAGAUGAACCAAAUGGACUGAAAGGAUUGAAAAAAGAAUUCAAGCAUGGGCGUUUGAAUCUGAAAGACCUUUACAAACAAUCAGAGCCCCUCCUUACAACAAGUGCAUCUGGGAAGAACAACGUUCAAAACCCAAAACGAAAACAAAAACGACCACGUAUAGACAAUGAGGUUGAUCCAGAGGAGAUAAACACGGCUAGUGAAAGUGGCUCUGGGGAACUUUAUCACUUGAAUGAAAAAACCAUUUACGAAAAGUUGCCACCCCUCUCUAAAACAAGCUCAUCAAAAGGGAUGUCAUCAAACAGCAAUAUUCAAGUGACUGGUACAAAUGUUCCUGUUGGCAAACAAGGAUUAGGAUCUACAGAGAAAGGUCCACCGAUUAAAUCAAGCCAAGGGUCUCUGAAAAGAAACCUAAAACGAAUACAAAAACAACCACGUAUAGACACUGAGGUUGAUCCAGAGGAGAUAAACACAAAUAGUGAAAGAGGCUCUGGGGAACUUUAUCACUUGAAUGAAAAAACCAUUUACAAAAAGUUGCCACCCCUCUAUAAAACAAGCUCAUCAAAAGGGAUGUCUGCAAACAGCAAUAUUCAAGUGACUGGUACAAAUGUUCCUGUUGGCGAACAAGGAUUAGGAUCUACAGAGAAAGGUCCACCAAUGAAAUCAAGCCAAGAGUCUCGUAAACAAAACCGAAAACGAAAACGACCACCUAAAUACAAUGAGGUUAAUCCAGAGGAGAUAAACACGGAUAGAGAAAGUGGCUCUGGGGAACUUUCUCACUUGAAUGAAAAACCCAUUUACGAAAAGUUGGUGCCCCUCCAUAAAAAAAGCUCAUCAAAAGGGAUGUCAUCAAACAGCAAUAUUCAAGUGACUGGUACAAAUGUUCCUGUUGGCGAACAAGGAUUAGGGUCUACAAAGAAAGGUCCACCAAUUAAAUCAAGCCAAGAGUCUCCCAAACAAAACCCAAAACGAAAACGAAAACGACCACAUAUAGACACAGAGGUUGAUCCAGAGGAGAUAAACACGAAUAGUGAAAGUGGCUCAAGGGAAUUUUCUCACUUGAAUGAAAAAACCAUGUACAAAAAGUUGCCACCCCUCUAUAAAACAAGCUCAUCGAAAGGGAUGUCUGCAAACAGCAAUAUUCAAGUGACUGGUACAAAUGUUCCUGUUGGCAAACAAGGAUACGGAUCUACAGAGAAAGGUCCACCUAUUAAAUCAAGCCAAGAGUCUCCUAAACAAAACUCAAAACGAAAACGAAAACGACCACGUAUAGACACAGAGGUUGAUCCAGAGGUGAUAAACACGGAUAGUGAAAGUGGCUCUGGGGAACUUUCUCACUUGAAUGAAAAAACCAUUUAUGAAAAGUUGCCACCCCUCUAUAAAACAAGCUCAUCAAAAGGGAUGUCUGCAAACAGCAAUAUUCAAGUGACUGGUACAAAUGUUCCUGUUGGCAAACAAGGAUUUGGAUCUACAGAGAAAGGUCUACCUACUAAAUCAAGCCAAGAGUCUCCUAAACAAAACCCAAAACGAAAAGGACCACCUAUAGACAAUGAGGUUGAUCCAGAGGAGAUAAACACGGAUAGUGAAAGUGGCUCUGGGGAACUUUCUCACUUGAAUGAAAAAACCAUCUACAAAAAGUUGGUGCCCCUCCAUAAAACAAGCUCAUCAAAGGGGAUGUCAUCAAACAGCAAUAUUCAAGUGACUGGUACAAAUGUUCCUGUUGGCAAACAAGCAUUUGGAUCUAUGGAGAAAGGCCUACCAACUAAAUCAAGCCAAGAAUCUCCAAAACGAAUUCCAAAACGAGAACAACCACCUAUAGACGAUGAGGUUGAUCUAGAGGAGAUAAAUAUGGAUAGUGAAAGUGGUUCUACAGAUGUUUAUCAAGACAUGUUUGGAUCUGAAGAACCCGGCAAUGUUGUGGACCCUCACCUGAGAACAGGUGUAAAAGGUAUGAAAUUAAUUCAUUCUCAUAAAAAGGGAAGAUUAGGGGCAUAAAGGAUUUUUUGGGGGUGUGGGGUGCACCCUGUAUCACCUGUGUUUGUGUGUUGUUGAAAAUCAUGUGACUGCAGGCUCACUAAGCCAAGCCCCUGGGAACACAAAGAAUUGGGAAAUAUCUUGAAGGUCAAUGGAGACUGUGUGGUUGCCCAGUGGUUACUACUAUUUCAUAGACAACAUUGUUCUCUCUCAUAGUGCCUCUCUCUUGCUAUGCCUAAAUGAGGAUCCAGGAAAUUGCAGGGAAACCUGAUGAAGUAACGGGUUAAAGGGGGUUACUUGUACCUGUGCUGAACAACCAUGUACAGAGACUGAGUGCACUCCUUAAUGUUCUAACUCACUUUAUGCUUUCUAUAAAUAGAUAGCUCCACCAGUGGCAGUGCCCUUCUAGCCUCUAAAACAUGACUCAAUAAUAUCUCAAACUCAUGAGCAUGAAUCAAAUCAGUUUCCUUUUAAUGAAUUUAAACCUGCUAUGGAGAUCCGCAUACAUAUAGGUAAACGGGGGGGUCAGAUCAGUAGAUGAUUUAAAAUGAUGACUGCUCUUUAGAUUUGACCAGUUGACAUUUGCUUCACAUGAGGACAUUACUAACCUCAGGACCUGCUUAAUAUGUAGGUGAGUCAAAGGCAUUUGGAAGAAAGAGUACUCAAAAGAUCCAUGCGCCAAAUGUUGAUCAUUCCAGAGACUCCAUGAAGAGUGACAGUUACUUGAUUGGUACAAAUGCUCCUGUAAACAAGCAGGGAUUUGGAUCUGUUGAGAAGGCUCAACCUACAAAAUCAAGCCUGGUUCAGAAGCAUCAGCUAAAACAAAACUGGAAAUCACAGCAACAAUAUUCAAGUGUGGAAGUUAAUUCAGAAGAGGACAUAGUUACUGAAAGUGGUUCUGGGGGAUUUCCUCCCAAAGAGUCAAGCAAUGUGAUGACAUCUUCUCUGAGUCCUCAGUUGAGAUCAGGUGUGAUAUUCAUCAUUGUCAACAGGAGGAACUUUAGUUAUCUAAUGGAAUACAUGUAAAGGAUCAUGUUAUUCCAAGACAGGCCUGUUUCCACCAGGGGUGCCUUUUUCCACCAAGGGAUCUGGGUGAAUAUGGGGAACUGUUUCAAAACCCAUUGAGCAAAUGGGGGGAGGCAGGGGUGAGGGAAGAGGGUACUACUUGCAAUGACCUAGUAUUUUUUGUGGGAAUAAUACAAAUUCUUACUCAGUUCAUGUUACAGAAAUUAGGGGAGCUCGCACAAAGGUGAGUCACCAGGCCUCUGAGACAACUUGGUGACAGAACUCUCAUCAAGCUGUCCCACAAUGAAAAUAUUAUGGGAAACAAAUGUGCCCUGGAAUAAAUGGAGGCAAAUGAGGAGCAAUUAGAUUAGUGUGGGACUAAAAAGAAUGAUUACUUCUCUAAAUAGAAACAUUGGGCAAGACAGGACCUCACACAAAAGCAUUACCAACCACAAGACGAGCACCAAAACCAUAUGUAAUAAAGAAUCCUUUAAAGAUCCGUCCUGUGGAUGUCAAUUCUCCAAUGUGGUCCUUGAAGAGCCAGUCAUCUGGUAUAGAUAGCCAUGUCUACAAAUCAGAUUUUUAUUUCGCUGAGAAAGGUUUACCUACCAAAUCAGGCUUGGUCCACAAACAGUCUUUAAAACAAAACCCCAAACUGAAACAACUAUUUUCAGAUGACAUUGUUGAUUCAGAGGAGGUGAACAUGGAUGAUGAAAGUGGUUUUGGUGAAAGUGGUUCUGGGGAAUCAGGAGUAUCAGGUGUGACUUCAAAUCACUGUUAGUACUAACAGGGGGUGGGGGGAGUAUGUGGAAAAUAAGAAAGCAUGCAAGAGGUUAAGGGAGAUAUGGUAGUGUCCUGACAAGGACAUCCUUGUUUAUCCCUUUAACACCCAUGAUCCAAUUGUUAAUUCUCCCCUCUGGCUGCUACACAUUUCUUCGUAAGUUAGUUAUAAGGAUUUGUUGUUAGAUCAAGAUAACAACUUCUACUUGAUAAGUUUGAGUAUUCUCAUCACCCGCUUGCUGGAUAAUAUAUGGAUUUUAAAGGGAGAAGUAACCUUUUAAUCAUCUCUGGGAGUUAAAGGGUCAAGACAAACCUCUUUCCCUAGGUAGGGGAUCUCUUUUUCAUUUCAUGUCUAAACUAGCACCAGAAGCCAGCUUCCUGCAAGUCCAGGUGACGAUGUAGGCCUCAGAAGCUCAUUUUUAUUUACAGGACAUUUUGAAAUUUUGUUCUAAAAAAAAAAAAAAAAAAAGGAAAUGAAAUGAAUGAAGUGAUUUUAGAGUGAAGACCUUCCUCAUUCCAUAGAAUUAGAUUAAAAAAUGUUGUUAUGGGUAAAAAAAAAAAAUUACCCAAACUUUAGUGAGAGGGCACCUAGGAAGUAUCAGGGAAACCUAAUAAAGUGCAAAAGGGGUGGUGGGAGAAGAGAAGAGAGAGAAGUUUUUUUUUUCUAUCAAGUAAGGGUACAGUGUACUUGUCUUAAUAUUCUGAAACACUUCAAGCUGCAGAGCUUGGAUAGCUUCACCCAUGAGAAAUCACAUUAGUGUGGGAUCAAAAAUGACAAUUUUUCUUUAGAAUUGGCUAGUGGCCAGGAAACAAUUCCUGGUAGAAUUUUUCUCUUGCACCUGUUGAUAAUCUUUUGACAUGUCAAUUUCCCAGAAGGGUCACUGGAGAGUGACAUUCAGUUGACUGGUACAAGUAAUCCUGUACAGAAAAAAAAGCUUAUUAUCGUGGAGACUCCUUCAAAAUCAAGCUUGUCUCAUGGACAGUCUCCAAAACAAAUGCCAAAACCAAUACAAAAACCUUUGGAUGAUGUGGAUGUGGAAUCUGAAAGUGGUUAUGGAGAGUCAUCUGGAGGAGGUUCUGAAAAUCCUGAAAAUGUCAUACACGGAGGAGAACCAGGAGGAGAACCAGGAGGGGAACCAGGAGGGGAACCAGGAGGAGAACCAGGAGGGGAACCAGGAGGACAACCAGGAGGAGAACCAGGAGGAGAACCAGGAGGAGAACCAGGAGGAGAAUCAGGAGGAGAACAAGAAGGGCCAGAAUUUGGAAAUGACAUUCCAAAUGAAAAAUCAGAGAAAACUAUAGAGGGGAAAUCAGGUGAUAAACCAUUUGAUGUGCCUGUCUCUGAGGUGCGCUGGACUGGUUUAGCUGUGGCUCAUGACAGAAGUCAUGGUAGAGGUACUGGUAGAGCAAAAGAUAAACCAAACCAUGGGACAAAAAAAUCACAUGGCGAUCCAAUGAUGGUGACCUUACUUCAGGCAACGUUCAUUGCUGGGGGAAUUUUGUUGGUUUCUGUGACGUUUGCUUUCUUCGUAUUUGCGUGGUGAGUGUAGAAAUGCUAUUUGUGGUCUUAUUUUGAAAACCCCAUCCCUCUUUCAAAAUUUGUCUCUUUAAUAAAAGGGUUGAUAUGAUUUCGAUCCCCCUUCCUCUCCCUGGGAAUAAAACCUCUAAACUGGCAUGACAUUCCACAAAAAAAGUGUGAUGCAUGCUCCGAAAUUUUCAAGUUGUAAGUGUUCCUAGCAAAUGACACAUAUGACCAGUGUGUGUUAGAUAGGGUUGCAUUAUUUGGUCAUUACUGUUUAGUGGAGUUUGCAGUGGAUUAUCAUUGAAGAGAUAUUUGAACAAUCACUCAUAAACAAUACGAUUAGAGGCAUCUCUGCAAGUUAGCAAUGGGAUGAACAAAUGUCCAGAAGCUUCAAAUAGUUUCAGUUUUUCAAACUGGAAGUUUUUCAAUCAAAGAAACAGUUAAACAUGAAUUAUUAAGUAUUCAUUAAAGCUGAGAUAAUUUAGAGAACUAGAAUGAUUUGCUAUGUGGUUCUCUAUAAGACUGUCAUGAGCCUGAUCUACUUUGAAAAACUGCACAGAGUUCCAAGUUUAAAUUUUAAAUUUUUUAAAAAAUGUUCUAAUUUGUAUUUCUGUUUUUAUUCACAGGCCUGCAAGGAAAUACUACUCGCAGAUGUGCAAACGAAUGAACACAGAUCAAGAAUCUGGGCAGCGUGAAAAUGUGGAGCUCACAAGUAUCAAAGUUGACAAGGCCCACCCCCCAGAGAAUGAGUAUGAAAUGCCACUACCCCCUCCCCCCAUGAAGACAUUUACCAUGGCAUAUACACUUAAUGCAGUUCCAGGUACUUAAAAUCAAAUGUAUAAGCUAACAGUAGGAUCUGUUUAGGAAGAGUGAAUGCACUGAUUUUUCCACACAAAUUUUCUGUCCUGAAACACUCUUUCAGGACCAAAGCUAAGGGAGACCUGAUAGCUUCAAGCUACCGUUAUGUCCAAGAAAAAUGUAGAAGCAUUUUUUUUGUCAUGUUACCACAGUUUAUUCUUAAACUCUCAUAAAUGAUUAAGACAGAGUUUCUUCCUUAGGGCUGAUUUACACAGUACAACUUUGUUGCAUGCAACAAGCUUGCUGCAGGCAAGUGGCUCAGAGAAGCCAUCUUGAAUAUUGAUCACCAUGUCUGUGAUGGUAUUAUUAAUAUGAUGCUUCAACAGAUCUGUUUUCUUAUAAUUUGGCAUUUUUUAGGUAUAUCGAAUGAUACAAGUUUUGGAGUGUUAAUACCUGUUAAUUCAACUGCUUCUGGAAAAGAAGGUACUGAUAAAUAGACAACCAUUUAAAGCUUGCCAGCUGAUCAGAUUAUUAAUAUGAUGCUUCAACAGAUUUGUUUUCUUGUAAUCUGGCAUUUUUUAAGGUGUGUCCAAUGAUGCAAGUUCUGGAGUGGUAAUACCUGUUCAUUCAACUGCUUCUGGGAAAAAAGGUAAUGAUAAACAGACAACCAUUUAAAGCUUGCCAGCUGAUCAGAUUAUUAAUAUGAUGCUUAAACAGAUUUGUUUUCUUGUAAUCUGGCAAUUUUUAGGUGUGUCCAAUGAUGCAAGUUUUAGAGUGUUAAUACCCGUUAAUUCAACUGCUUGUGGGGAAGAAGGUACAACCAUUUAAAGCAUGCCAGCUGACAUAAAUACUUUUGUUGGAAGUUGUCCUAGUCUUCCAUGCAAAUUGAUCCUUUGAUCCCCAAGAGUGACCAACAUCUAAUUUCUCUGCACAUAUCAUCCCUGAAUCACACCCUAAGGUCAUGAGAAUAAAGGAAAUGAUCAGCAACCAAAGAAGCUCUUGAUUGUUAAACAAAUUCUCCCUGUCAGCACCAUAAGAAAUGUGUAUAGAACAGUAUGGAGAAUAUGCAUACUGAUGUUAGAGUUCAAAGGGCUAUUGCAUUGAUUUUUUUUUCAUUUUUUUUUCAUUUUUGAAACAUGACUACUAUCCUGAUGUUGUCUUACCCCAAGAUUUUUCAAUCAUCACUCCAAGUGAUGUUAUUUUUGUCAAAAAAAUACCUAUACAUUACCCAGUGAACAGGUAAUGAGAAUACUCAAACUCAUCAGGUAGAAAUUGAUGUCUUGAUCUAAAACCAAAUUCCCAUAACUAAGCUAUAAGGAAAUGUGUAGCAGCAAGAGGGGACAAUUAACAAUCAGAUCCUGGGAGUUAAAGGGUUAAGGUUUUUUAAUUCUUAACAACAACUAGUAAAUUGGCUCAGGGUAAUGUACCAGAUGUGUUAUAUAAAAUAAAGGUAUCUAAUCAUUCUUAGUGAUAUUGAGAAAUGUUUGCAUCAUUGGGUAUGAACCCACAGUGAUGUAGACUAUUCCUCAUGAAUAUGAUCCAUGUAACUGUAAUCUGCAUGAUAUCUAAUCUUUUUUUUUUUCCUCCGGCUAGGUGUGAAGGGGCCAAAGGUUGGAGCGUUAGCACCGGUUACCUCAAAGGCAGCGAAACAAGGUACAUGGAUGGUGUAAACUUACAUUAUAUGUAAGGGACAGGUGUCCCUUUAGCAUUCCGGUACAAUUCCCUUUCAGUUCUUUUCUAUCUAGUCCUACUCCUGGAAGGAGAAAGGCACUGAGCACUCAUACUCCUGGGAGGAGAGAGGCAUUGGGAAUUAGGCUCAGUAACACAACACAAUCGGCCGGAAGGUUCUCGAACCAGGCCCUCUCGACUCUAGUCUCGAACCAGGCCCUCUCGACUCUGAGUCAGACGUGCUGUAACAAAUCGCAAGGCUACUGCGUCACCCACACCUUUCACGUGGUUUUCUUCCCUUGACUCUACGUUUUCAUUGGCUCUCUGUGAGACGGCCCUUUGUUCUGAUUGGUUGUCCUUAUGACUUUAGAUUGCGUGUUGCCACUUGCAACCGAAAUGCGUUCCUUAAUCUUUUUUUGUUUGUUUGUUUGUUUCCUUUUGUUUUCUUUUGCUCUCAAAGUUGCUGGAAAUUUGGUCAGUUUGGUCAAUGCACACUUUACUCUGGGGGGUAAUGAACAGACCUACUCCGGUGGUACCGCCCAUCAACAACACGAGGAAAGGAAACUCACAGGUCCGGAGGCUGACGACAGAAGGAGAGACUCGCGAAAUUGGGAAACGAGGAGGCUUAUUAAGGAGGAAAGCUCCCAUAGGAGAGAUUCGCUGGUUGACAGCAUCACAAUCGCUAAAUCGAUCAUUGCUGACUCUACAAAGAAUAGAAAGUUCGAGGAGAGGGCUUCCAGACGAAGACAUAUUAUCAAGGAGUGUAACCAGGGUUCCGAGUCAGAGACGGCGCUAAAGAGAAAACGAGUAUCUUUUGCCGAUGAACUGGAGACUGCUUAUUCGGUGAUUGCACCAGACUCGAUUUACAGGCAGAGGUUGGAAAAUUCCAAGGAGAAACGUCUUGCAAUUAGGGAGCAGACUUCUGGAAAGAGGAGAGCAUCACUUGCAGACGACAUUGAGAUUGCAAAAUCCAUUAUUUUCGAGAGCCCAAAGAAAUAUGCACUUCCUGUCAGCCUAGUACAGCAGGUACCGUAAAUGUUCUAGUUGUGAUAGUUUCGCCUUACUUUAAAGAGCAAUUUCACGUGUUCUCUUGAACAGUAACAGCUUACUUGAGGUAGUAUGUUAACAGAUAUCAGAUCACUGGGAUCCCAUACUAAGAGUCGAACGUUAUCGCAAUUAUUGGUGCUUUCACUCGAUUUACAGAUGAUCGCGUUAGGCCUGGAACCCAAGGAAUACCUCAGCUAUUCGUUGGACAUCGCCAAGCCUGUUAUCCAGAACGAUUGUGGUGCAACUGGUAAAGUUUUCAAGUAUGGUGUCAAGAAUUUCUAA